AUGAGGCAUGUGAAGGCUGAUGCCGGUUUCUACACCACUUACUGUCCAGUUGGAACUUACUCUUCUACCGGAAAUACUACCUACAUUUAUGCAUAUCAGCGCCUGGCUAAAAUUAUGGCCGAGCACCAGGCGAACCAGAACCUCGAGCUCAACCUCGAGUACUUCUCCUUCGACGAGCCCUUCAUGAAGAACCUCGAGGCCAUGCAGUGGAACAGGGACAACGGCGUGGUCGAGCUCAUGCCCAUCAAGCAACCGGUGGUCAAGGUCCAUGGGCUCUGUCUUACGGAUAUCAGGCCAGCCCUUGAACCCUAUCAUGGGAUCUUCUCUGGUGUAUUCAUCACGAGGAAUAUUGUAUUUGUCUAG